CGAAAGAUGAAAGAUUUUGUGAAAAGAAGCACUAAAAUAGUCUGCAUGGGCCGUAACUAUGCCAAGCAUGCUGCUGAACUGGGAAACGAGGUACCAACAAUGCCUUUUUAUUUCCUCAAACCAACAACAUGCUAUGUCGAGGAUGGAGGAAAUAUCAUCUACCCGAAAAUAACAAAGAAUCUUCACCAUGAGUUGGAGCUUGGUGUAAUCAUUGGAAAGAAGAUGACUAAAGUGUCUAAAGAGGACGUUAUGGCUCACGUUUCUGGAUUCUCUGUAACUAUUGAUGUAACAUGCCGUGAUCUACAAGAGCAGUGUAAGGCAGAAAGGAAACCCUGGUCCAUAUCAAAGUGUCUGGACACCCACUGUGCUGUUGGACCCUUCAUUUCUGUAGACAAACUGGUCCACAACAACGUGGAGAUGAUUCUGAAGGUGAAUGGGGAGGUUAAACAGCAUGCCAACACUAAGGACAUGUUAUUUGAUGUACCAGCUCUGAUAGAGUUUAUUACCCAACAUAUCACUCUUCUCCCCGGUGAUCUGGUACAGACGGGUACCCCUGAGGGUGUUGGACCAAUGAACGUGGGAGAUAUUGUCACUGUGGCCAUCCCUGGGGUUUCUGAAGCUUCUUUCAAGAUAGUUGGCGAUGAGUGAACUUUCAGGCAAAGUUUCGAUUACUAUUUCGCUUGAUUUUAUGAGUUUUCUAAUUUUUAUGUGUGUUUGAUACCGUUUUAUGAGUUAACAAAAUUAGUAUUUUAACAUAUGCUAGGAUGUUAUUAAAUUGAUUUAUAUCUUCAUUUUCAUCAAGACUGAACUUUAAAUGUGUUUUUUAUAUUAUAAUUGGGCUGUUUUAUUUCAUAUUUUACCAGUAGUAACUAGGCUUAAAGUUUUUUAAUGGUGAAAUUUAUUCUUUAGGUAUAGUUAUAGUUUCAUUUAUCAUGAAUUUAAAUGUAUCAGAUUUUUGAUUGUGCUUAACAUUAUUAUUGAUUGAUUUACUAAUAAA